AACCAAGACGGCACAGCAGUGCGAUCUCAGAUUCUGAGUAUUGAAGAUUUGAAUUACUACGGCUGGACAUGUUUUAUAAACCCAUUGAUGUAACACAGACGGUUUUACAAUGAUCUCCUCAUUGAUGAAUUCAGAAAAACAAAAGCUGUGACGGGAGUGAACUGAGGAACAAAGGCCCAUGUAGUCAUGAAGGCCCAGAAGAGAUGGAGCUGCUUUGUGUUCUUCCUACUUCACAUGAUACACGUCGCCUGGACACAGAGGUUUCAAGUCGUUGGACCUUCUUCAGCUGUUCUUGUUUUUGUUGGUCAAGAUGUCACCUUACCAGCCUCACUCUCACCAGCUAUGAGUGCUCAAAGGUUUGAAGUGAGGUGGUUUAGAGAUGAUUUAUUUUCUCCAGUACUUUUAUACCAGAAUCUUCAAAUUACACCUGAGCGUCAGUUGCAGGCUUAUAAGGGAAGGACUUCACUUUUCCUAGAAGAGCUUCUGAAUGGAAACGUGUCUCUGAGACUCCAGAAUGUCCGUGUUUCUGACGGUGGACUCUACAGAUGUUUUGUGGCCUCUGGACUAUAUGAUGAGGAGGCACAUAUCACUCUGAAUGUCGAAGCCUUGGGCAGUCAGCCCUCCAUUUCUCUCAGUACUGCAGAAGACCAACAGCCCAGACUGGAGUGCAGCUCUGAGAAAUGGAGCUCUCGACCAGAAGUGAGCUGGAGAGACAUGAACGGCAUAGACGUGACGUCACAGUCCAAGUUAACAUUUAAGAGGGACAUCGAGGGUCUGCUAAACAUAAGCAGCGUCAUCCCCAUCAAGAAGGAGUUCAAUGUGUUCUCCUGUCUCAUGAGAAGUAAUACAACCAAACCGGCCUGGCUGUCCAAAAUGGAGGUCUACGAUAUCACAGCUAAAUACUCUUAG